AUGCAAUACACGAGGCUAAGGAACCGUGUGUUUGAUGGGAAAGUUUCCAGGAAAGCGACUACUCUCGAAGUAGUAAAUAAGUAUGGGUCAUGCUCUCAACUUACACGAGGGAAAUCAAGCACUCCCUCUCUCUCCCAAAUUCUACUCCAAGACCAAUAUCGAGUUGAGUUAAUUCAUUCCAGGCGGCGCAACCAAUCAAUUAAGACACAAGAGGAGUUUACCAUCCCUACAAUAUCGGGUAAUACUGUUGGAGCUUAUUGUUACUUUAUUAAAGUAAGCUUAGGUACUCCGAAACAGAGUGUUCCACUCGUAAUUGACACUGGUAGCGCCAUCACCUGGACUCAGUGCAAGCCCUGUCCAAAAACUGGUUGCGCAAAGCAAGUGGAUCCCAUAUUCGACCCAUCCAAGUCCAAAUCAUAUAAGAGUAUUUCGUGCAGCUCAUCAUUUUGCAGUCAAAUUAAUGGAGGAAAUUGCACUUCCGAAAAAGCUUGUCCUGUAAGUUAUAAUUAUGUCGACGGCACUUCACUGUCCGGCUCCUAUGCAACAGAAAAGUUGGUCAUAGAGUCAGCAGACAACCAAUUGCAAUUUACCGAGCCGAAUUUUAUUAUGGUUUGUGCACACAACUACACUGGCGAUGAUGAAGGAGUGGUCGGGAUAAUGGGUCUCGAUCGAAAUGGAUUAUCUAUUAUAUCACAAACUUCCUCUUUGUUCAAAAACUACUUCUCAUAUUGUCUGCCUGCUUUCUUCGGCUCCAGUACUGGAUAUAUAACUUUUGGCAAGACCAAUAGUUUCACAAACAAGGUGAUUAACUUCACACCAUUAACCACAGACUCUGAAACUUAUGAUGUUGAGAUAACUGGACUGAGUCUUGGCGGACAUAAACUACCGAUUGACAGUCAGGUUUUCAAGAAAGCUGGAGGGACUAUUGACUCCGGCGCAGUCAUUUCACGUCUGCCACGCGCGGCUUACGCGGCUCUAAAGUUAGCUUUCCGUAAGAAGAUGUCGAAAUAUAAGAUGGUGAAACCGAGUGGCUUUCUGGAUACAUGUUACGAUUUUAGUAAGUAUGAUACCGUUACAAUACCAAAGAUGUCAAUAUUCUUUAAAGGUGGUGUUGAACUGCAGAUGGACGUGACAGGAAUUGUGAUCCCCUUCAAUGAAGACCUGACAGAAGUGUGCUUAGCCUUUAGUACAAAUCCUACUGAAGAUGAUGGGGCUUUAAUUGGGAACAUUCAGCAACAAGGGAUGGAAGUGCACUAUGAUGUUGCUGGAAAAAGGGUAGGGUUUGGUCCCCGUGCUUGCUAAAAGAGUAUUAAUAUUAAUGGAAAAAGUUACCCAAUUAUUAAGGCUGUCCGUAUACUCGCUAAAUAAAUUUGGGUGUGAUCGAUGUAAUAACUAGCUAGC